AUGGAUUUAUCUGCUGCUACGAAGAUAAGGAUCCAAGACUUUAAGGAUAAUGGUUGGGAAGGUCUUUUACAUAAAGUGACCUUAUUUUUUGAUAAACACGGUACUCCUCUUCCUGAAAUGAAUGCUUUAUAUGCUAACAUCAUUCGAUCUCGCCAUAAUAAGGAUAGUGUAACAGUGGAGCAUCACUAUAAAGUGGAUAUAUUUACAGCUGCUGUUGAUCAACAAUUGCAAGAACUAAAUAGUUGUUUUAAUGAGCAAACAACGGAGUUGCUUAUUUUAAGUUUGGCUUUGAGUCCUAAAGAUAACUAUAAGUAUUUUAAUGCGGAAAAGAUAUGUCGUCUUGAAAAGAAAUACUACUCUAGGGUUGAAUUCGAGGGUACGUUGAGAGGAAAUCUACACCGUUGUUGCGAUUAUUUGUGA